AUGUCUUUCCGGAACAGAAAUGCCGGCAAAGCAUUGCUACCAUUUGGACUCGACUACAGCGAUGUUCUCAACACAGAUCAUGGCACCGAGAAGCCACAACUAGUACUUCCUGUGAAUGGCCCCGUGAAAGAAAGCGAAGAGUUGGCAGCCAAACAGUCGAUUUCGUUUGCAAAUUUGAUGUCUGACGGACCGUUUUACACAGGUAGCUUACAAGACAUGAAUAAGAUAGACUCGAAAGGGGAUCAUACCUUGAGCAAUACUGCUCCCGAUGGCAUACAGCGAUAUUCAGACAAGUACAAGAAGGCGAAGAAGAUAGGCAGAACCAUCGAAGAGCAUCCGUAUCAGCUUGAAUUCUUUCCCGAUGAGCUUUAUUCGGUGAUGGGAAUAAGCAACAAACAGAAGAAGAAGCUUUUGUCACUUUCCACGUUUAAGUCUAAUGGAGGUUUGGCUGAAUAUAACAUCUCCAGUAGUAAUGGUGAUGAAGCAGACAUGGCCAACUCCAUGCUUGAAAAGUUGAAAAGUAUGGCCGAAGAAUUGGACGAUGGAAAUGAAAAUAAAGAGGACGAUGCUGAUGAAAUCGAGGAGGAUAUAGACGACGAGUUUGAUGAAGACGAGGACGACGACUAUAAUGCCGAAAAGUACUUUGAUGAUGGAGACGACGAUGGUAUGGACGCUGGCGGAGACGAAGAGGCAGCCUUUUAA